AUGGAACUUGAAGAUGUAGUUAAUGAGCUGAUGGAUUCUUCAUCGUCGUCGUCGUCAUCGUCGGAUGAUGACGAUGAGGUAUAUGCUGCAGCAGAGCAUAUAAUACUAUCAAACAUUGUCAAUCCAGCAUGCCAUCGUGGUUCUGUAGAGGGACAUCGUGUUGUGAAUCGUGACAGGCAGUCAGGACACUGUAGAUUGUAUGAAGAUUAUUUCUCAGAUAAUCCUACAUAUGGACCGAGCUAUUUCAGGCGCAGGUUUCGAAUGCGACGUCACGUGUUUGUCCGCAUAAUGAAUGCCAUUGAGAUGUAUGAUGACUAUUUCGUGCAGAAGAGGAAUGCGGCCGGAACCCUUGGACUAUCUUGUUUGCAGAAGGUGGUGGCGGCUUUCCGAAUGUUAGCUUAUGGAGUAGCAGCUGAUGCUAUGGAUGACUAUAUCCGUAUUGGGGAGACUACUGCUCUAGAAAGUCUUAGAAAGUUUGUCAGAGCUAUUGUUAAGGUAUUUGGACAUGAAUACUUGAGGUUGCCCAAUGAGGAUGAUACUGCCAGAUUACUUGAGAUUGGUGAGAGUAGAGGUUUUCCUGGCAUGCUUGGUUCCAUUGAUUGUAUGCACUGGACCUGGAAGAAUUGUCCUUAUGCAUGGCAAGGUUCGCAUAAUGAUUUAAAUGUUCUUCAAAGAUCUCCUAUAUUUGCAAGGCUUGCUGAAGGUCAAGGGCCACAGGUAAAUUAUAGCAUCAAUGGGAAUAGUUAUACUAUGGGUUACUAUCUAGCAGAUGGUAUAUAUCCAUCUUGGGCCACAUUUGUGAAGACCAUACCUGAGCCACAGGGUAAUAAGAACAAAUAUUUUGCAAAAGCACAAGAAGCUUGUAGGAAGGAUGUCGAACGAGCAUUUGGGGUUCUACAAGCUCGUUUUGCCAUUGUUCAAGCGCCGGCACGCGUGUGGGAUGAGGAUACAAUUCAACUUGUCAUGACGGCUUGUAUCAUUAUGCACAAUAUGAUUGUUGAAGAUGAGGGAGUUGAUGAAAAAGAUUUCAAAUAUGAUGAUGUGGGAGAAAAGGUGACUGUAUCACACGAUGCUACACCUAAGUUCGAUGCAUUUAUGCAGAAUUACAAGAAGAUCAAGGACAAGGAGACACACACAGCGCUUCAAGCCGACCUUAUCGAGCACUUGUGGCACAACUUUCCAGAUUUAUAUACAAAUAGUACUGUUGAAUAA